GUUGUUACCUGGCCCUGUGUGCAAUUCCGCGACAUGCAGGAACUGUGGCAAGGGUCGGAGAUGAUGUUCGAUUUGGAAGGAGGAGCAGCUCGAGCGCCUAAGUGGACGCGAUCGAGGAACGCGUCGACGCGUGCUGCGACGCGCCUCUCCUCUAUCAAGCCCCCAUGUCCUCCUCCCUCGAGUCCCUCGUAACUUCCCUCGUCCCUCGCGCAAGGCAAGACGCAAGCCUGAAGAAGGAGCUCACAUCGCAUUGUCAAGAAAUCCUCAGCAGUCAUAUAGGCCAGUCCGUAGAUAAUGAUAUAGGACAUUUGGCAGACCUUGUAAAGCGCAACUUGCUGCAGUCUACACCUGAUGGUACGACCGCCCUUCGCUUCACAAAUCUUCUCUCACGAUUGUUGGAUCAGCAAAUACUGUCUAGGAAACACGCAUCCCUGCAAUUCCUCCAUGCGCUUUCGCUGUCGCCCAAGGUCUCCUCAUUAUCACCCUCAUUCCUUCCUUCGCUUGCAGCGCCCCCACCACUCUCUAGGCCGUCGACAGCAACACUUACACCUGCAGACGCAACACCUCCAGUUAGGCUGCCGCGGGGCAAAUCCAAGGCGGAACUCUUGAAGGAAUACCGGAAUCAAAUUGGGCGCCCUCACUUGCCGGAGCACCUCAUCCUCCGGGAUACUCUGUAUCUGCUGCAAGGUAUAUCUGGGAAAUAUGUACACUUCUCUGCGAGUACAGAUCCAAAUGGUAACAACGAAUUGGUAUUCACUGACGUUCCGUCGUACGUCAUCUCACGGCCAACCAAAGCCCUGGUACAUCGCCUGGCUGAAGUGGGUCACCUCUACAUGCGUGUAGACGCAUUCGUACGUGAACGGGAAGGCAAGGUCGGCGUAGGGAUGAUCGAGCAAAGUCUUUGCCACCACCUCCAGACUCAGCUCACGGAGUACUACCGUCUCAUCGCCGUGCUUGAAUCACAAAUGUCCGCACAAUCCAGCGAUGAUGACCCACCAGCGCAGGACGGCGCAAGCAUACGGGAGGAGACUGGUCUCACGCUAAAGAGACUAGAUGUCUGGAUUGAGGACUGGAAACUGCGGAUGCGAAUGAUGAGCGUUUGUGUGGAGGGUGCCAAGGGUGCACAUGGCGGUGCCUUAGUGAAUCUCAUCCAUGGAUACGCAGACAAUGGUGAUCCGUUCAUCCGCAAGUUCACUGACCAAUUGCUAGAUGAGGUAUCAAAACCCUUUUUCGCAACCCUGCACAAGUGGCUCUUCUCCGGCGAGCUCGUCGACCCCUUCUCAGAGUUCUUCGUCGCAGUCGACCCGGAGCUAGCGCAUCUUCAGUAUGGUCAGCCGUCACAUGACGGUAUUGGUCCGUCCGGCGGCGAUGGCGGCUUCGGCGGAUUGGGAGACGGUGAAGACAUAUCUAGUGAACGCGAGGGAGGUCUAAAGCUCUGGGAAAGCAAAUACCAGUUCCAGAAGGACAUGCUACCUGCAUUCGUCGGAGAGGUCUUCGGCAGGAAGAUCUUCUCAACAGGCAAGAGUCUGAACUUCAUUCGCUAUACUUGCCAUGACAGCGACUGGGUCGCAACACAAGAUAAAAUCAGCACUACUGGAGGCACUUUGCAAUACAGCGACAUCGCCGGUCUCGAGCGUUCGAUAGAUGCCGCGUACCAGAUCGCCAGUCAACGGCUGUUCGAGGUCUUCUUCGAGAAGUACAAUCUACUAGACCACCUCCUGGCGCUGAAACACUACAUGCUGCUGGGCUACGGUGACUUCAUCGACCAGCUCAUGGAAACAUUGUCCCCGAGUCUGUCUCGCCCUGCAAAUACUCUUUACCGCCAUAACCUCACAGCCACCCUCGAGUCCGCCAUCCGCUCUUCAAAUGCACAGAAUGACACUCCUGACGUCUUGCGCCGACUGGACGCUCGUAUGCUCGAAUAUUCUCAUGGCGAGAUUGGCUGGGACGUUUUCACGCUCGAAUACAAGGUGGAUGCGCCCAUCGACACCGUCCUUGACCCAGACACGAUGGUGAAGUACCUGAGGCUGUUCAACCACAUGUGGAAGAUCAAGCGCAUCGAGAGCACCUUGACGAAGGGCUGGAUGAGGAUCGCGGGAGGAUCGAGGACGUUCUUGCAGGUUCCAGAACUUGACUUCGAUUGGCAUCAGAUCCGCAUCGUCAUGGCGGAGAUGAUCCAUUUCAUCCGCCAGAUGGAGGCGUAUUGCCAACUAGAGGUCAUCGAGUGCUCGUGGAAGAUCCUUCUGGAGUUCGUCCAGAAGAGAGAGGGUGAUCUUGACGCCCUCAUCGAAGCUCACGGGGCGUACCUGGACCGUAUGGUAAAGAAGGUUCUCCUACUCAACCCCAAAGCCGGUCGAGAAGAGAACUUGUUGAACCAAGUGCGGGAUGUAUUCGCGAUUAUCCUGCAAUUCCGGGAAGCUACUGAUGACUUUUACAACUACUGCCUCUCCGAGGCUGCACGGCGAGACUCAGAACAAGACGCCGCAAGAGGCGUUUUUACUGGCAUGCCAUCCUCAGCUAGCAAACGCCACGACCCUGAAGCGGUCCACGACAUAUUGGCCCGCGUCAGGGAGUACGGCACCUCAUUCUCGGAACGGGUGCAGGCCAUCGUUCAAACGCUAUCUGGCCAUGCCGAUCUUGACUGUCGCUUUCUUGCUAUCCGUCUGUCGUUCUCGGACUUCUACAAGACCCGCAAAGAACCUCAGAAAUCGUAAUGUAUUGUAUUCCGUCGUAUGUGUCAUUACUGGGUCGUAAGGUAUCACUACAUUGUGUAAGUUGGGUAUACCCUGGUCCGUAACGUAUCGAGAAGGUCAUCCGGCAUUAUAAAGUGCUGUGAUGAUACUAAUACAAAGUAUGGGAUGUAUAACGAUACAGAUGCUGAGCGGACUUCGAAGAACGCAAGCAUAGUACUGUAUCACG